AUGGCAUCUAAUUCUUUUUCUUCUCCUUCUAGUAAUUAUCAAAUCAUUCUUCCUUUAUUAAUUCUCUUUCUCUCAAACCCUAAGGCCUCAAGUGACAAAACGACCCAAGAUUUGAUUAAUUACAUUUGUUAUCAAAUGGAGGAAUUCGGAUUUUGCUCCAAAACAUUCAAUGAAAAUUUACCAUCCCCAUCAACAAAUAUUGUUGGCCUCACCAAAAUCACAAUUGAUCAAGCACUCAAAAAUGCGACCAACACAUAUAAGUUUAUUGAAAAUCUCCUCAAGAACACAACAAAUCCAGCAGUGAAGAAUGCUCUUAUAGUUUGUGAAAAGGGGUAUAAAAUUGUGAAGCAUUCUUUUCAAAAGGCUUCAAGAGAGUUUGAAGGUCAAGAUUAUGAAAAUACGGAAAAAUCUGAACAAGGGACGCCAAGAGCUCAAGGGAGUUGUGAAACUAGCUUUGAAAUUCCUCCAUAUCCAAGUAAUCCUCUUGUUGAAAGGAAUAGGCAAACUAGGAUUUUGAUAGCUAUGGCUUUGGUCACUGCAGAUCUUCUCGAGUUUAAUUGGAACUCUUAUGUUUGUAUGUCGAUAUAA